ACUUUAGAAGAAAGGGUUAAAAGAGAGAAAAGAGCAAUGCCAUUGAUAUUGAUGGUAUGUAUGUCAAUAGUUGAAUCAAAAGGAAUCGACAGUGAAGGUAUUUAUCGUAAGAGCGGUGGAAACUCUCAGAUUGAAGCCAUUGAAAAAGCAUUUGAUAAGUUACCUGAUGAUCAAUUGACAUCACCAGAAUUGGAAGAUGCGCUACAUGGAGAUAUUAAUGCAGUUACCAGUGCGUUGAAAAGAUUUUUACGUCGUUUGCCUGAACCAAUAAUUACCUAUGGUAGUUAUGAGGGAUUUAUCAAUGUCGCACAGCAAAAGAAAUUAGACAAAAAAAUUGAAAGUUUAACGAAAAUUAUAGAUGGAUUACCAAAGUCACAUCAAUAUGCACUAUACUCUUUAACAAAACAUCUUAAUUUAAUUGCUCUGCAUUGUAAUAUUAACUUGAUGAAUUUCCAUAAUUUGGCAAUUGUUUUUGCUCCAACAUUAGCCAGAGAUUUGACUGGUGAAAGAGAUAUUCAAGAUAUGCAAGCCAAAAACGAUGUUACUGAAUGUUUAAUUAAAAAUCAUUCAACCAUAUUU